AUGAGGAAGGCAGUCUCAACCUUGCAGGAUUUCUCAGACCAUGACAUGGUGCAGUUCUUCUUAAGACCGCAGAUCAUUACUAGAACAUUAGCCGGGGUUUUCUCUUUGACUGUAUUUGCCUCCUUGGUGAAUGAAGGGUACCAAAACCUGGUAACCUCCUCAGAACUACACUGUGUGCUGAAUGAAAAUGAUGCAGCAUGCUGCUAUGGUAUUACAGUGGGUGCACUCUCCUUCUUCCAGAGCCUUCUGUUUUUGGGUUUUGAUAUCUUCGACAACACUGUGACUAGUUACAAGUUCAAGUAUGCCAUUCUUGUAUUGGAUGUCACCUUCUCCAUCAUCUGGACAGGUCUGUGGUCUGUUGGAUUCUGUUUCCUAGCUCAUCAGUGGAACCGGUCCACUCACCACUACCUGCUGGGAGCUAGUGCUGCACGGGCUAGCAUCACCUUUGCCUUUUUCUCCAUUCCAUGCUGGGUGUACCUGGCCUGCCUUGCUCUGAAAAACCUCUGGGCUGAGCCACCUAUUCCCUACAAGCGGUCUUUGGAUGAAGGAUCUGUUGCAUUGACCACCCUUUCCUCUUCCACCACCACCACCUCGUUUCCCAGCAAUGUGGGGUACCCUGAGAACGUGGGUACUGCCUCUUACCCAUCCACUCCUGUGCCCAACCGACUGACCUUAAUGAAUUCUGAUGCCUAG